UGCCGAGACUGACUGAGGAAAUCUUUUUGUUGACUCUGCCAGCAAAGACUAGGAUACAUCCAUGGAUUCAAAGAAGAACAUGUCAGAGGAAAAGAAACACUGGCCACAAGGCGAUUUGGUCAUUGAAAGGUUCCAAAGUCUCACCAAUAAGUAUCAAUCACCACGCAAUGAGGAUUCUUCCCCCAGGGGCCGGGCUAUGCAAGAAGAUUCUACGAUCGAUCAUGUAAACAUGAAAAAAGAUCUCUUGACCAAGCUACGCUCAAAUCUUCUACCGGAACUAGGACGCCAAAUUACAGACCUUGUGUCGCCAUUAGAUCCAACUUGCUUGAAGGAAGAUCCAGGUUUACAGCUCGAGAUCAUCUUGGCGGUCCAAUCAGAGCUCGAGGGGACUUUAAGUCAAAUUCAAUCCGCAAUUCUUACGCUCUGCUCGGAACCACUAACAUCUGAAUCGAUCCGGAACAAUGAUCAGCAUCGUAAAGAGCUCAAAUCGUUCCGAGCAACCGGCUUGCACUAUCGGAUCACGGAAGAGUUGCUACCAGACGUCAUGUACAUUUUUGACGAAUCCGAGGAACUCAUUCUACAAAUGAAACUCUCGGCAAAGAGGGACCCGCAACAACCUGACAUAGCUUACACAAGGAGCCAAAUAAUCGAAUACGAGUCUUUCUCUUUGGAGGGAAUCCGGUCGUCGAUCCUGUGGUUAGAGGGAUCUGAGUUUGAUCUUGUGCAAUAUCAUUGGCCGAAGGAGACACGUGGUAUCGAUAAGCAACUGGAAGCGCUCUUGAGCCUGAUCAAUGGAACGGCACACUUGAAAGAAGGCAGUAGAAUGUCUGGACCCCUCAGUGAUCCGGCUGUCCGGCUGUCUAAAUCGCUCUUACCGAUCAUCAAACUGUCCAGACUAUUCCUCGACAAAUUGUCAAAUCGAGGAAUGAACCGAAAACGCCUGCCCUUACAUACAGAAAUGCGUUCCGACCAGCUGGCAACUCUAUAUGAACUGGCUGGAAGAGUUGGUUGCGAGAUUUCUGAUGUUUUAAGGGUAUUGAGAACCGUCGAUAGACCCGGCGACCAUUUCGUUCGUCCUGCUUGCACUCCAAUAACCACGGCACUCGAAGGUCAUUUUGAAUCGGCUUUACUCCUUAUACCCCUUUAUUUCCUUCCUCUAGUCCCAGACACCGAUGGUUUUCCAAUCCAAACCCACUUCAAGGCUUGGUUUGUCACAUGGUACACUCAGUUCAGCUUGGCCAUUCAGAACUUUAUAGAUGCUGCCGGAUUGUUCGAUGAUGGCGCAUUGUAGUAUUUAUAUUGUCCUUGUCUCUCUAGUGAUUUUCAUUUCUUGAUUGCUUCACAAUUCUAGAAAAACUUAAUCAUGUCGACUUUUGUUUUCCUCAUCAGUGUUUUGUUUUAAGUUCUGUAGAAAUCUCUGCAGUGUGUCCUCCAUGGCACUGCUUCGCCGAAAACGCAAAGACAAUUGAUGGAAACCUUCUUGGUUUAAUGACAGAGAAAUCGAAAGUUAAACACCUCAAGCUAGUCCUGGGGAUCCAAUUAGCAGAACGCGUUUUCGUGUUGGUUGUAAUCAAAUAUGUAUAUCUUAUCCCUGUAAUCAGUCGAGACUAACUCCCAUUCUUCUACUGAGCCAGAAUGCACACCUAGAU